ACCAGGAGGAGUGUUCCCAGAGGACUUCUCAGUGAUGUUCACCAUCAAGCCCAAGGCAGGCAGCCAGUCUUUCCUGCUGUCUGUGUAUAACGAGAAGGGGGUCCAGCAACUGGGUGUGGAGGUGGGACGCUCCCCUGUCUUCCUGUAUGAAGACCAACAUGGGAAACCUUCCCCAGAGGAGUACCCACUGUUCAGAUCCAUCAACCUCGCCGACGGCAAAUGGCAUCGCGUCGCCAUCAGUGUGGAGAAGAAGAGCGUGACCAUCAUUGUGGAUUGUAAGAAGAAGCUGAGCAGGCCACUGAAGAGGAGCGACGGGGCAGCCAUCAACACUGACGGCAUCACCGUGUUCGGUACCAGGAUUCUGGACGAAGAGGUCUUUGAG